UGUGAUAUAUUUUUCAAGAAUGUUCCACACCACUAGUUUCUAUGGUCGAGGGAUGAACACUAGGCACCCCUAUCUCCCUGCGACCGUAAUGCAUAUGGCGUAGCAGCUAUGAGCUACCAAAUACCAAUCAUAGCAGAGCUUAACAUAACAUCAUCCAUGGCCACAGCAACCUCGUCUUUUGUCUUUCUCAAAUCUCACACGUCACUGCCUCGUGUCACCAAAACCUUGUCCACGCGCGUUCAUGGGGUUGCACAUGGAAUCAGAACCCGCACAAGUUACAAACCCAUAAAGGCUCUAUCUCAAUCUCAAUCUCAGUCUGAUGUUCGAAAGGAACAAGUUGUGAUCGUGGGUGCUGGGAUUGCAGGCCUUGCAACCGCUCUGUCCCUUCACAGGCUUGGAGUUCGGUCCUUGGUGCUGGAGCAGGCAGAGUCACUUCGAAUCGGUGGAACUUCACUCACCCUUUUCAAAAACGGAUGGAGUAUUCUUGAUGCAAUUGGAGUAGCAAAUGAUCUUAGAACUCAAUUUUUAGAAAUCCAAGGGAUUGUGGUGAAGUCCGAGGAUGGGAGGGAACUACGUGCCUUUAAUUUCAAACAAGAGGAUCAAAGCCAAGAGGUACGUGCUGUGGAAAGGAGAGUGCUAUUGGAAACCUUGGCUAGUCAGCUACCUCCAGAUACCAUUCAAUAUUCUUCUCAAUUAGAAAGGAUUGAAGCAGGUCCAAACGGGGAUACCUUAUUGGAACUUGGGGGUGGGUCUAAGCUGCUUGCAAAGAUUGUGAUAGGGUGCGAUGGGAUUCGAUCACCAAUAGCUAAGUGGAUGGGGUUUCCUGAGCCCAAGUACGUUGGUCAUUGUGCUUUCCGGGGGCUUGCUUCUUAUUCAGAUGGACAACCUUAUGAACCAAGAGUGAAUUAUAUCUAUGGAAGAGGGUUGCGUGCUGGCUUUGUUCCUGUUUCUCCAACCAAAGUUUACUGGUUUAUCUGCUUCAAUAGUCCAUCUCCAGGUCCAAAAAUAACUGAUUCAUUGGUGCUGAAGAAGCAAGCUAAGGAACUAGUGAAGAAUUUUCCUACAGAGCUAUUAAACAUAGUGGAUUCUACACCAGAUGACACUGUCAUCAGGACCCCAUUGGUAGAUAGGUGGCUUUGGCCAGCCAUAAGUCCACCUGCUUCUGCAGGAAGAGUUGUGGUGGUUGGAGAUGCAUGGCAUCCAAUGACCCCAAAUCUCGGGCAAGGAGCUUGUUGUGCCCUUGAGGAUUCACUGGUUCUUUCUAAAAAACUUGCCAGAGCUAUCAAGUCUGAAGACUCAUCUGUGGAAGAAGCUUUCAGGUCAUUUGGCACUGAAAGAUGGGGCCGUGUAUUUCCACUAACCAUACGUGCAAACCUUGUAGGUUCCAUUUUGCAGUGGGAGAACCCAGUGGUGUGUUCUGUUAGGAACAAUAUUGUGUUACCUAAGCUAGUCAGGCUCGGGCCAUUGCUGGAGCAUACAAAUUUUACUUCUGAGAGUAUAUAAAGAAGAAAAGCAAGGAAUAGAAAUUUUCAUCUCUGCUCAAUCCACCACUCUAGUUCCUACACUAUCCACACCAGGAUAUGUACACUGCAUUUAAUUGGUGUAAAGAGAGAUGUUAUGUUCAUUUUUAAAUAGGUUAUAAGCAUAGUAAUUGUGUCAACUUCAAGUUACCUAA